GCGCUGUCUUGCUCGUCCUUUAUGCUUCCAUUUGAGAUUAGCUCCGAAAUUGUAGAGAGAGGAAGAGAGAGAGAGAGUGAGUUUGUUUUGUGUGUGUGUUUCUCUGUCGCGUAAUAUUAUUAUUAUUAUUAUUGAGUUCGGAACAUAACAACUCAGAGAGUUCUUGCAAUUUGCAACCUCUCUCUAAGGUUGGCUUUGGUUUCCCCUUUCUGCCGACGAUCUUGUUUGUACCUGUGGAUCAGUUCGGGCCCUCGGUGCUGGUUUGUAGCCUGUGCUGAAUACCAGCUACAAUGAAGAAAGCUAUUGGUCAAACUGUUAGGGACCUUAAAAGAGAAGUGAAUAAGAAAGUGCUGAAAGUUCCUGGGAUUGAACAGAAGGUUCUUGAUGCUACCAGCAACGAACCAUGGGGUCCUCAUGGAUCACUUCUUGCAGAUAUUUCUCAGGCAACCAGAAACCCUCAUGAAUACCAGAUGAUCAUGUCAGUAAUCUGGAAGCGAAUUAAUGACACUGGCAAGAAUUGGCGGCAUGUCUACAAGGCUUUGACAGUACUAGAGUACUUGGUGGCUCAUGGGUCAGAGCGAGUCAUAGAUGAGAUCAGAGAACAUGCUUAUCAAAUAUCAACGUUGUCCGAUUUUCAAUACAUUGACUCCAGUGGAAGGGAUCAAGGAAACAAUGUCAGGAGGAAAUCUCAAAGUCUGGUUAUUCUCGUGAAUGAUAAAGAAAGAAUAAUAGAAGUUAGGCAGAAGGCUGCUGCUAACAGGGACAAGUUUCGCAACAAUGCAGCUGGUGGAAUGUAUAGACCGGGUUCAUAUUCAGGCAGUGGAGCCUAUGGUGACAGAUAUGACGAUGAUCGUUAUGGAAGCAGGGAGGAAGAUCGAAAUGGCUAUGCUUAUGGAAAAGAUAGAGAAUGGGGCUAUAAAGAUGAUGAUAGAAAUAGUCGUGAUGGAGAUCGUUAUGGCAGAGAUUAUGAGGAUCGUUAUGGCAGGGAUGGUUACAGAGAUGAUGACUACAGGGGAAGAAGUCAAAGUGCUGACCGUCACCAACAUGAAUCAAGAAGCAGGAGCUCAGAUAGAGAUCGCUAUGAUGAUGAUGGACAAAACUCUUCUCGCGGAAGCAAUGCUAGAGCUGAAGACCAAUCUCUGGAAGCAAGGCUUGAGCGGAAAAUUUCUGAGCAAAACAUAGGUGCUGCUCCUCCUAGCUAUGAAGAAGCUGUUGGUGAAUCUCGCAGCCCUGUACGCAGUGAAAGAGAUGUGGAAACUUCAGCAGCAUCUGUUCCAAGAGAUUCCCCUCCUCAUGUAAAUGAUAGUCCUAGUCAAACAUCUGCUGCUACAGGAUCUUCUCCUGUAAACAAUAAUACCACAGAAGCAACUGCUGCUGCAUCUGGAGCCCAGGAAGCCGAAGCAACUGAUGAUUUUUUUGAUCCACGUGGUCCUUUAUCAGCAUCCUCAGCUGCCCCAGCUGGUCCAGCUGCCCCUGCCACCGCUAAUAAUGUUGAAAUGGACUUGCUCGGUUCCCUCUCAGACUCGUUCUCCUCAAAUGCUUUGGCUGUUGUACCAUCUGAAUCAGCAACUGCAGCCCCUGAUGCAAAUGUGGGAUCCACAGCUUCCUUUGCAGCACCAUCAUCUGGGUCGAAUAAUUUCAAUCAGUCUUUUGAGGAUCCAUUUGGUGACGGGCCAUUCAAAGCUUUUACUUCCACUGAAACUGCUCCAUCUCAACCUGUGACAUAUCAGAGUAUUGAACCAUCCCAAUCAAAUGCUCUUAAUGCAGAAACAAACUUUGGGUUUGGAGACUCAUUUUCUGUUGUACCAUACACUGCACCUGCCUCUGACACUCAACCUUUUUCUACUAACUCUCAGUUUUUGUCUCAAGAUGUGUCAUCUGCACAGCCAGAAACUGAUAUUCUUGCAGAUAUUCUUCCUCCUGCACCAUUACCUGAGAUGAGUUCACAGCAGAACAUUUCAGCACCUGAUUUCGGCCAUUCUUCUUCACCUUCCCUUCCAGCUUCAUCUGGUCAAAUGACAUCACAACCAUUUUCUGAACCAACUGGCCAAUUUACCCCUAAAGGUUUCUCGGCUGCUGCCAGUCAACCUUUACAAACCUUUCCAGUUCCUACAGAUCAAUUCUCUCAACAACCCUUCUCCGCUCCUAGUAGCCAACCAGGACAAGUACAACCAUCCUUUUCAUCUCCCUCCAGUCAAUAUGCACAACAACCCUUUUCAUCUCACACUGGUCAACAUGGAUUUUCAUCGCCUACUGGCCAACAUAUUCAACCACCUUUUGCUUCUCAAGGUGGACAAUCUGCACAAUCAGGUGGUAUGUAUGGUGGAUUGCACUCCCAAGAUGGAUCUCCUAAUUCCCAAAAUGGAUAUAAUGGGCAUAUGAACAGCGGGAACUUCCUGCCAUCAGGAUCUACAGCAGCUUUUCCUUCAAAUGUGACUCCAACAGGACAGUUGUCAGCGGUCACCAACUUUUCCCAUCAUGGAGGAUCUGCUCCAAAUAUGUCUUCCCAGUCUCCAACUCAUCAGGCAUCGCAGUUUAACAACCACUUCAUUGGACAACAAGGGAAUGCAGGACCCUUUAGUUCACCAAUUACCAAUCAGUCACUUGCUUCGAAUGCUUCACAAUCAAUUCCAUUAGUUUCUCAACCAUCCAAGGACAAGUUUGAGACAAAAUCAACAGUGUGGGCUGAUACACUAAGCAGGGGAUUGGUUAAUUUGAAUAUAUCUGGACCUAAAACGAAUCCUUUAGCAGAUAUUGGCGUUGACUUUGAGGCCAUUAACAGGAAGGAAAAGAGAAUGGAGAAGCCCACUACUGCAGCUGUUACAUCAACUAUAACUAUGGGUAAAGCUAUGGGAUCAGGUUCAGGUAUGGGCCGUGCUGGUGCUGGUGCUCUCAGGGCUCCUUCGAACCCAAUGAUGGGCUCUGGCAUGGGAAUGGGUGUGGGCAUGGGCAAUGGUCCUGGUGUUGGAAUGGGUAUGGGAGGAGGCUAUGGAGGCAUGAAUCCAUCGAUGGGUAUGGGAAUGGGAGGGAUGGGUAUGGGACAAGGGUACCAAAUGCAACCGCCAACUGGAAUGCAUCCUGGCUCCAACAUGCCAGGUAAUUAUAAUAACUCCAUGAUGGGUCCAGGUAGUUAUGGUCAACAGCCAUAUGGUGUUAAUGGUCAACCGCCAUAUGGUGUUAAUGGUCAACAGCCAUUUGGUGUUAAUGGUCAACAGCCAUAUGGUGGCUAUGGUCAACAGCCAUAUGGCGGCUAUAGAUGAGAUAGUAAGUGCAAGUAUUACUGAUUGUUUUGCUGCAAGUUGAGAGAAAAAGUGCCAAUACAAGUGCUACUACUAGUAGACUACAUCGUGAUAUUUGGAUUUAUAGCAGUUAAAGCUGCAAUUUUCUGUAAAGUGACCCAGUUAUUUGUAUUUUUGUUAUAAAUAUGCUGUUACCAUUCUUUUUUCGGGUCACCCUUCUGUAGGUGCUUUAAGCAUCACUGUUGUGUACCAGUGACUGGAUGGAAUAACCUUACUUGGGUUAUUACUUUCUUUGCUUCCACAUUUUUUAAACACCAACAGGUGGUUUGAUAUCAAUAUAUUUUUUUUUCAUGUGUCAAA